AUGGCGAGCCAUCGCUUGCCUGUAGUCAUCGUGCCGGGCUUUUGCUCCACUCGCCUGGAGGUGGCCCACAGCGAUGUGUGUCCGUCGUGGAAGGGCAGGAAAGUAUGGCUGGGGCUCAGCAGCAUCGGCUUCUCCGCCAUGCACGGCAAGGGCACCUUCGACAACGAGGAGGCGCUGUCGCUGAAGAACAAGUGGCUGCGGCACCUGGUGCUGGCGGACCCGGAGAGCGAGAGCUCCGGGGUGCGGCUGAGGCCCGUGGAAGGCCUGGAAGGGGUGAAGUACCUGGACCCCGACAGCUUCAUGGGCCUGGCGGCGGAGGCCAGUUAUGUCUUCGCGCCGGUGAUCAAAGCUUUGGCAGAUGUUGGAUAUGUGGAGGGUGUCGACCUCAUAGCAGCCACGUUCGACUGGCGCUUUGCUCCAUCAGUGCUCGAAAAGCGUGAUGGCUACUUUUCAAGUCUUAUUGACAGCAUCGAGACCUUGAAUGAGUCGAAUGGACCGAACCGGCAAAGGGGAGUGGUUCUGUUGGCCCACUCCAUGGGCAACAAGGUGGUGUCCUACUUCUUGGAGUUCGCCAAGCAGCGCAGGGGCCAAGCCUGGCUCGACCGUCACGUUCACACCUGGAUCGCGGCCGGGGCCCCACACCUAGGUGCGGCGCAGGCGCUGCGCUCCACCAUCUUCGGGGACAAGUUCGGUUUAGACGCCUUCGUCACCAACUCCGAGGCCAUUGCUUUUGGGCGCUCGCUGAGUGCUUGCCCAUGGCUGUUUCCCAUAGGCAGCCAAGCCGAGAGCUGCUGCUUUCAGCUGCGUAGAGGACUCUUCCAGAAGAUCCGAGAGGUGAUGAAAUUUGCGCUUCUUCUUGAUUCUGCGCAGGAGGACAUAUAUAUAUAUAUAUAUUUACUUUCUUGCUUCGUUUGA